ACAUUGCGCCGUUGAUGCUCUCGAUAUUCGCACUGUUGUACAUACUUGUGCGCUGGAGUCAUCACGUUGCAGCCCCACGGAUUCACAACUGCGAUAAAUGGAGCUGUCCCCAAAGUUCGACAAUCAACCCUCGAGAGUAAAAACGGAAACUCCGGAUGCUGCGUUCUUACCAGCACAGCACCAGCACAGCAGCGAGUCGCCGUUAGGAGGGAUGUGUCACAUCAAGGAAGAACCUCUGGAGGACUGUUCAGAUGAACAUCCAGUGAUAGAAGUGAAAACGGAACCAUACGACACUUCAAUUUUGGCGGGGCAGGACCAGAUGGAACACAGUCAUGGCUCAACAUCAGAAGGAGCAGGAGAAGGCACUCGUACGCCUUAUAUCGAGGACCAGCCCGGAGGCGCAUGCGAUCGAGAAUCUUCACAUAGCACUUCUUCAAAUCCACAGUUCAACGCAACAACGGCUGAACCGCCAUUGGACAACACUGCACUAGUGACUAUGGACGGCCGACACGCCGAGCAACCUCCAGAGCAGAACGACACUCGAGGGGCAGGCAUAUCGUUGACGCUCGGCCACGAGAACGACAGGCCGUACAUCGGCCUCUUGGAAGUUCACCUCAGAACUCCCCUGACGAAGACGCUCACCCGCGACUCAUGCUCCGAGACAUUCUCUCACGCGUCAACUCUGGGAGUGCAUCCACAGCGUUGCGCCGGAGAAGGGUCACACAAGUGCAAUCUCUGUCCCGCGGAGUUCAGCAAGAGCACGAACCUGCGGCAUCACAAGCGAACACACACGGGCGAGAGGCCGUACAAGUGCAGUGUGUGUCCCGCGGAGUUCCGCCAGUACUCGAACCUGCAGGUUCACAAACGUACGCACACGGGCGAGAAGCCGUACAAGUGCGAUCACUGUCCCGCGCAGUUCACGCAGAGCACGAAUCUUCAGGUUCACAGACGGACACACACGGGCGAGAAGCCGUACAAGUGCGACCUCUGUCCUGCGCAGUUCAGCCGGAGCACGAGCCUGCGGGAGCACAGACGGACACACACGGGCGAGAAGCCGUACGAGUGCGCACUCUGUCCUGCAAUGUUCUCCGCCAGGUCGAAUUUGCAAGCUCACAAGCGGACACAACACGAGAAAAAGUCGUAGCAGCACGAUCGCUGCCCUGCAUAGUACGAGGAGUGCUAGAGUGCGUGGGUUCAUAAGCGGACACACACACACAGUGUUGCGUAGUAUCGUGCCUGGGUUCCAGGGCCCAAUGACAAGACGCCAUGUUGUGACCGUGACCAGUUUAACUAUUGCACACAGUGUCAAACGCAUGUAAGCAACAGUAUCAAUAAGAUCAGCAGCGAUAUCAUGCACGCAUACCAUA